CCUCACUCGGUCACACAGAGUCCAUUACCCUAUGAGUUCUAUAUGAUUGUCAUGAGACGCUCCUGUAUGAGAGAGAGAGAGAGUGAGUGUGUGUGUGAGCGGGGGAUGGGAAACACAGUAAGUAGGAACUAGACAGGACAGGAAGAGAGACGCAGAAAGGGCGGGCAGAAAGGAUUAAAAGCUUCGAAACAACGCUAGAUUAGCAACAAGUCUCGGUAGCAUCAGGGGCAACGAUAGGCGCAGGCAACGUGGGUGUACCACGGCAGCCAUCCAGUUCAUUUACCGAAUUAAUUUCCGGCAUUCUGCCAGGCUCCAACUGUGCGUCGCAGCCGCAAUUGGCCCACGUAACCCACGAGAUCUCCUCUUGCUCCGCCAUUGUACCUCCCACAUACGGUCCUAAUACGCCUAUGAUAUACACCAGAAAAUUUCAACUUGCGAGCGCGAAUGACGAGCGUAUGUAGGGGUUUCCAUGACGAUGGUGAUGAUGGUGAAUGGUUUGGGUUUAGUAGGCUAGGUUUUAAUUCCUUGCCUGCUGCUGCUGUCCUUUCUCUAACCCAUUUCCUCUCGUCUCGUCAUGUCCCGUGCUUUUGCGCGUCCUGGUAGAGAGAGCUCAUCGACAGAAAUGGAAUCUUCGGAUUUGUAAGGGUUUCGUGGGGUGGUAGGGAAAGGAGUGCCUAGUUCUAAGGGUAUUCAUAUUGCGCCACCUGCUCGUCUGUGCGCUCUCGUCGAGUGGGCUUGUUGUGGAGGCACUCUGUGAGCCUGCGGAUAGUGUCUGUGGGAGCUGUGUGUGAAUAUUUAGAGAGGUGAGAGGGGUGGACAUUUGUGGCUUUUUAUGGACAAAUGGUGUAGACGGGUGUGGUUAGUAUCCUGGGGGGAGGUGGUGCUGGUGCGGGAGGCGGGAGGUGGAAGCUUCGGGCGACGCAGUGGGCGGGGUUGUGUUUUUAUGACUGUUUCGGGCGUGCACGAUGUGCCGUGGUGGAAAGGUUGGAGGUUGCGACACGGACUCUAAGGGGUGGGCGGAUGAGUUCGGGUGCUCCUGGUGUUUAGUGUCAUCGGGAUGUGCUUAUGAGCGUUCUUGAGAUGUGGGUCAAAUGCGGACUGUAGUAAUUGCGCAAGUGUAGGCAUAGGAGGCUGAGCAAUUGGGUAGUGGCCGCUGUGGUAGCUUUCUGCAAGAUCUCUGCGUUUGAAAUCUGUCGAUACUUCAACAUUGUGCGUUGCUCGCUUGUUAGCGAGCGAAGAUCAUUCCUGUAUCAUAUGUUAUCAUGAAGGGAGACAGUUGUUUGUUUGUUUUUCGAUGAAACACGAGGACUGGUACCGGCAGAUCAAGGAGGGUGCACGCUGGUAAUACAACCGGGCAUCCCCAUGUUUCCCUCUAAGACUAACCACAUAAUGUCGAGGUAUCGACCCAUAGCGCCAAAACCUACGCCCAAGUCCGAAGGUACUGAUCAAGCUGAUUCUCAUUCGCUAUCCUCGCUAUCGGCCGACAAAAGCAAAUCGACUGGCAAGCGGAGAGGCAAGCGCCCACCGGACACCUCGAAGUCUCCUCGCACGGCAAAAAAAGCCCGAAGCCACGGAACGAGUUCGGGAUCAAUGACAAGGAAGUUUGGAGGUGCAGAUGGAAACGUGGAAUUCCAGACUCCGAGCUUCAAUCUCACCCCCAUUUUUAGUGAUCGGGUUGCGCCCGUGUUCGGUCCUGGAGGAAUGCAACGUUUCAAGGAAAGCUUCGAUCAUCCUCAGGGCGGAGUCUCGGUGUCGUUGUCUUUGUCUGCGAAAUCUCCACCCCGAGAUUCUUAUUACGAACAGACUACGAACUUCAACAACCUAAAUUGCACCACCUCGAGGUAUGGUAGAGAGGGUUUGAGCUUCAACAUCGGUACCUCUCGCCCUGUGACAUUUGAGAAGGAUUUGAGAUUUAUGGGGCGGGCGGCGGAUGCUCGCGAAGGAUAUGCCGAGGGCAACUUAGCAUCGCUGUUUUCUGCAGAUUUUCCCAACACUUGUGGGGGAAGGGAGCCCUUCUUUCGUUGUCCUUCCCAUUCCACCAGCUUCGGUGCAGACAGCGAAGUAUGCUCGGCUGAGCAUGUUGCGGAAAACCAGAAAUCGAACAUCGUAACCCUAUCCCUUCUUCCAGAUACCCCCUCAUGUGUGAACACACGCUCAACAUCUUCGAGUUCGACCCUCUCUCUUCUACGCUCGGACAUUCGAUGGUCUUCCGGGAAGGAAGCAACCACGAGCAGUGAUUUGAACACUAGUCUGACCAUGUCGAGCAAAGGACGGUGGUCGGAGGAAGACACGAACACGAGCCUAAGAGUGAGCCCUCCCAAGAGAUUUGCCUCCCCAGUAGCUCGGAUGCUUCUGGACCGGGCGGUAGAAUCAUCUCAAGGAGAUGGUGGAAUGCGAGUGGUGGACACACAUUACUUGGAGCAGCGGCACGGCGGAUCCUCCGAGGCAGUAAUGCUCACUGACGAAGGGGAGAGGGUCUUGUGGGUGAACUCGGCGUUCAAGAGAUUGUCCAAUGAAAGGAAUAGCAGCAGCCGAACGCAGGCAAUUGGACCACACAUAGACCCAUUGGGAAUUCCCACAAAGCUAUCUGUCCUGACAUUUCAGCCGCCAUUUCCAGCUCCCAAGUGCAAAGCAAUUCUAUGGGGCUUUUUAAAGAAAUUCAUUCUACCGGAAGGAGGUACUCACGGGUCAUCCAGUAUCUCGGAGGUUCAAGCCAAAGUAAUUGCUCCACAGCCUGUGAGAGCUGUCGGGUCAACCAUCACCGUGCAAACUAUCGUCUCGUUCGACCGGCAUUCUGUUCCUCUGACGGAGACAUUCCAGGAUGUUCAAGAACGUCUAGACAAAGGGGAUAUGCCUUAUGUUGUCACAGAUUUAAAGUUUCGUGUCAAGUGGGUGAAUACUGCUUACAAGAGGUUGGUAGGGCAACCCAAACUCUCCUGGCUAGCGUCCACAGUGGGCAGUGGCGCGGAUCAUGAAGACUCGCCUGCGUCUCUCCGACUUGCAGGCGACGUGUCGCUCGUUUGUGAUGGUGCCCAAAUAAUGGAUGAGAUUGCAGCUUUUACAUGCCGGGUAGGGAUUCACUGGAGCCACCAAGGCGAGCACAGUGCUAUGUCUGUUCCGUCUGAAGUUUUCAGAUUGGAAGACGGAACCGCGGGUAGUAUGUAUGUUUGGGGGUUUGAUGUUUGUGAUGCAGGAGUGAAAAAUGUUCUCCAGAUCGAAGAAACAAGUCCCUUUUGUUAAUAUAUUCUUCCGGGACCUGUACCUUCCCAUUAUUUUAUAAUCUAGAGACCAAAGUUGUCAAAGAGGAUGACCCGAUACUGAGCCCAUGAGUCUGUAUCUCGAUCUGUUUUCUUCUUCCUCAUCCAGGCAGUGAUUGGGAGCUUCUGUUGCACCUUUCAAAUUAGAUGAUCGGUUUCAACCCUCAACUUCUGCUGGUCUCUCACUAAGCUAUUAAUUCGCUGUUUGAAACUGCUGAUGUGUAGUGAAAGAUGUAUACCCGAGCGAUUCAGAUGUGCAUUUGGGUGCGGUGCGCACUUGUCCUUAAAUAAACGGAUCUUUCUGCUUUCAUAA